AUGGCGGCAAGUUUAAAUGAGUUGCUUGAGAAGAGGCGAAUCACCAGAGGUCGCUUCACAAAAUAUAUCACUGUGACAGAUACAGCUGCUAAGGAAGCUGAAACACUUGUUGCUGAUGAUGAGUCUAAUGAAAAAGAUGUGCAUAUAGCGAUACGUACAGCUCUUUCUUCAUUCAAAAGGGUUGAGGAAGUUUAUGGGGAGUUAUCAGGAGUGCAGGAUCAAAUAGAUUAUCAUGCAGACAAUGAUGCUCGCCUAAAAGCGGUGAAAGAUGAUGAUGGUGAGGUGAGAUACCUCAAAGCGUACAAUCAUAUGUGUGCUUCGAUACAAGGGUUAGAGGCAUGUUUAUCACCUGUGCAGGAAGCAAGUGAAGCAUCCGGAAAAUCUGCUAAAUCUGAGUUCAGCCCGGAAAUGUUUGCAGAAAGCUUGUCAAAGGCUCUCGCCGGAGUGAGCACUGGCGUUUCUGAGACACAACUAGAAGAAAUUCUUUCUACGCUGACGCACAAGAAGCGAGUUAUUCAGAUCCCAAAAUUCAAGGGCGAUACUGAGCUAUUUGAUCAAUGGCGAGAUCUUGUGGGUGCAGAGGUUAGAAAACCUGGGUACAGUGACGUCGAGAAGACUCAUGUUGUAAUUUCAUUACUCGAUGGAGAGGUAGCAAAGUUGGUGUCUGGUUUGAAAGACCCAAGCUACGAAGAAAUAAUCGAGUUCUUAGAGAAUCGUUACGGAGAUGUGUUAGCUCGCAUUGAGAAGGCUGUCAAUGAGAUAGCUAGUGUUCCAGUUGUAAAAAGUCCCACAGUUCGAGAGUUGGAUCCUGUGCUGAACACACUGGUGGCAAACUGGAAUUACAUUAAGAAGAGGACACACGAUGACCCAGAGCUCAUCCGAUCUAGUUGGAUUCUCACUGCGUUAGUAAGGAGGAAGAUGCCGAAGAGUUUGGUGAGAAAGUGGGACAGCGAACGAAUCAAAGAAGAAAAGAGAACGACAGCUCCGUCCAACCUUCCAAUUCGAAUUGACGACUUGAUCGAGAAGAUCCAAGAUGCAGUGAAGGUUGCUAGAAGGUCAGAGUCCCUUCCAAACGAUCCAAAAAAGGAAAGAUCAUUUGAAAGGCGUCCAUCUGGCCACGCCUUGAAUGUGACCCCACAAACACAGGAGAGUACCGAAAGUCGGUGUGUCUUUUGUGAUAAUGCACACCAAUCCUAUUCGUGUCCGUCCGUUUCCAAGAUGCAUGUUGAGGAGAGAUGCGAGCGUGUGAAAGCAGCAAGGGCUUGCUUCAAUUGCUUGUCGAGAUUCCACAUGGUAAAAACAUGUCGAUCUAGGGGAUGCAAAUCGUGUAAGAAGAAUCACCAUACUUUGCUCCACUUCGAGAAAAGAAGUGGAAGUGACAACGCUGCGAGAAGUAAUGUAUCAGGUUCUUCUAACCUUACAUCAAAGGUACUACAUCAGAACAAAGUUGAAUCGACUGCAGGACUGGUCAAGUCUACUGGUUCAACGAAUGUCGUCAUGCAGAGCGGCAUAGUGAAACUUGAGUCAAAGUCUAGGGUUGCGGAAGGUCGCGUGUUACUGGACACCGGGAGUGGUGUUACGUUCAUUAGCCGUUCAAUGGCAAAAAGAUUGAAUUUGAGAGGCCCCAAGGUUGAAGGUGAGUUCAUCUUGGCAGGUGGAGAGGUGAUGGCUACCACUACUGAGAAGGUCAAGUUCUAUCUAUCGGGAAUUCUUCCUGGCUGGAAGGGAGAAGUUUUCGAAAUUUCUGCGUACAUUUUGGACAAGCCAAGUGCUCCGAUAAAUGCUGUCAACGUGGAUUUCACCAAGAUGAGUCAUUUGAGGGGUCUACAGCUCGCGGAAAGAUUUCCUGUCCAGGCAAACUCUGAAGUGGAUGUUCUUCUGGGCAUUGAAGACACUCUCAACAUCUUAAAAGAGAAGAGAAUCAGAGGGCCUCCAGGAACGCCCAUGGCACAGAAGACUCACAUAGGCUGGAUCCUAUGUGGGCCGUACUCAACCCAGACCGAAGUCAACCGUACUUAUUGUGUCCACCGCGUCAGCUUCCAAGAACAAAAUGAAACUGAGAUGGCAACCAGUUAUUGGGACCUUGAACACCUGGGCAUUCGUCCUAAUGAGAGUAAGAACUCGACUGAACUUGAGACUUCGGCCUUGGAGCAACACCGAAUGAUGACAACACGAGUAGGAGACCAUUAUGUGACUGGAUUACCACGUCAUCCAAGUUACAAGGAUAGGAUCCUCAAAAGCAACAGAGCCUUAGCUACCAAUCGUCUAAUAGGACUCGAGAAGAGACUGAAGAGAGACCCCAGAUUAGCAUCCGAGUAUGAAGCUCAGAUUCAAGACCUGCUCUCAGCUGGAAGAGCCGAAAAGGUAUUGGAGGAUAGAGAGCCUGACAAUCAUCAGGUUUGGUACCUUCCUCACCAUCCAGUCGUGCGAAGAGAUAAGACGACGACCAAAGUGCGUGUUGUUUUUGAUGGGUCCAUGAUUGGAUAUGAAGGUGUAUCGUUAAAUGAGACAUUGCUGCCAGGGCCAGCAUUGCAGCCGGAUCUCCCAGGGGUUUUGUUGCGAUUUAGACGCCACAGAGUGGCAUUAGUGGCUGACAUCGAGAAGAUGUUCCUUCAAGUUAAAAUGAGAAAAGAGGAUCAGGAUUCUCAGAGGUUCUUAUGGAGAGGUUUGGACAAGUCCAAGGAACCGGAGGUUUAUCGUUUAACAACGGUGACUUUUGGUCUCACUUCAUCACCAUUCUCAAGUAUACAGACGAUUCUUGACCACGUGAAGACAAAGAAGGAAUCAUAUCCAAAAGCUGUCGCUGAGAUCGAAGACAACAUCUUCGUUGAUGAUGUUCUUACUGGUGAGGAAUUAGUAGAAGACGCGGCAACUUUAACAACUGAUUUGAAGACUGUUUUGUAUGACGGAGGGUUUUCUUUGCGAAAAUUUAUUUCGAACAAGCCAGAGGCGCUAUCUCAUUUAGAAGAGAGAGACUUAGCUUCAUUUCACAAGGUUGCAACAUUUGCCGAGGAAAGCACAAAGACGCUGGGCGUGAAAUACUCACCACGUGAAGAUGUCCUCAUGUUUUCCUUCCUUGAGAGAAUGGACGAUAGGCCGGUGGAGACUCGUCGUUCUGUUCUACAGCAGUUACACAGAGUAUACGAUCCGUUAGGAAUGCUUUCUCCGUUCACCAUAAAGGCAAAACAGAUUUUCCAGAGAACAUGGCUGACACAAGGGACAUGGGACGACCCUUUACCCGAGGAGCUAGAUCAUGAAUGGAGGGCUUGGAAGGAACAAGUUGAGAUCCUCGAUGAAAUCAAAGUUCCUCGAUGCCUCAAACCUGAAGAUUUCCAGAAUCCAAUUUACUCCCUCCAUGGUUUUGGCGAUGCGUGCGAAGCUUCCUACGGCAGUGCAAUCUAUCUCUUGGCUGAAGAUAGACCAUCUGGAAGGAAGUAUUCUACACUGCUCUUUUCAAAGACUCGUCUGUCUCCUAUUUGGGAAGAGACGUAG